CAGAUUAAACCAGCUGUCAAGCCAGGGUGAAGGAUCCGUGGCCAGGCAGAGGUCUGUGGAGUGGAGAGGCGAGGCCUCACGGUGGAACUCUCAGAUAACAGCAUGCAGGCACCAAGAGAGUGGACGCACAUACAGAAGACAGCCAUGCACUGAGCUGGGGACACGCAACAAUAACAGGUGAGUUCCAACAAAUUGGUUCACAAAGAGGGGGGAUAAACACGCUGGCCCACGCUGGGCAAGCAUGGCACCACCUCCCAGGCACUGUCUCCUUCUGAUCAGCGUUCUGGGAGUCUUUGCACUUAACUGCUUCACCAAAGGUCAGAAGAACAGCACGCUCAUCUUCACAAAGGAAAACACCAUUCGGAACUGCAGCUGUUCUGCGGACAUCCGGGAUUGUGACUACAGUUUGGCCAACCUGAUGUGCAGCUGUAAAACCAUCCUGCCCCUUGCGGUGGAGCGAACCAGCUACAAUGGCCAUCUGACCAUCUGGUUCACGGACACAUCUGCGCUGGGCCACCUGCUGAACUUCACGCUGGUCCAAGACCUGAAGCUUUCCCUGUGCAGCACCAACACUCUCCCCACUGAAUACCUGGCUAUUUGUGGUCUGAAGAGGCUGCGCAUCAACAUGGAGGCCAAGCAUCCCUUCCCAGAGCAGAGCUUACUCAUCCAUAGCAGUGAGGACAGUGACUCCAGAGAGAAGCCCAUGUGGUUACACAAAGUCUGGCAGCCAUGUAUGUAUAUCUCAUUCUUAGAUAUGGCUCUUUUCAACAGGGACUCGUCCUUAAAAUCCUAUAGUAUUGAAAAUGUUACCAGCAUUGCCAACAACUUUCCUGACUUUUCUUACUUUAAAACCUUCCCAAUGCCAAGCAACAAAAGCUAUGUUGUCACAUUUAUCUACUAACAUAAUAACUGUGUCCAGCUGCCUGGAACUUUGACAAACGAUGAAUAAUUUGCAGAAGGAAUAUGGAAAUAAGGCCAUGAGAUAGGUAUCCCUACCCACAACUGUGCCUCUCUCUGCAGGCUCCAUUUGCAACACAGCCACACAUACCAAUAACCAGCUCUCUGUUCUGCUCUGUGCCCAACUGAGAGAACACAUUUGAAAAACAAAAGAAAAAGAAACCAAAAAACCAACUUGAUUCCGUCCAGGGACAUGUCUUGGGAACCAGCUAGGCUUGGUCCUGCAACUAGAAGGCUGCAGGGAAAUGUCCCGUCAGAAAUGGAGAAAGCAAUACACCCUAGAGACUGCUUAAUGGAGCUCCUCCUAGGAGAUGACCCCCAAGAAACAUAUCUUCUUUCAAAAUACUGCCUUAAUUUUUUUCUGUUUCAUUUUGUGAAAUUGCUUGGAAUUCCCCUAAGUAGAGAAUAAUCAAUUUCAGAGGUUUGGGAACUGUGAGUUUUAUAAAAUGGUCGGGCGCAGUGGCUCACACCUGUAAUCCCAGCACUUUGGGAGGCCGAGGCGGGCAGAUCACCUGAGGUCGGGAGUUCAAGACCAGCCUGACCAACAUGGAGAAAUCCCAUCUCUACUAAAAAUACAAAAUUAGCCAGGCAUGGUGGCACAUGCCUGUAAUCCCAGCUACUCGGGAGGCUGAGCAGGAGAAUCGCUUGAACCUGGGAGGCGGAGGUUGCAGUGAGCCAAAAUCGUGCCACUGCACUCUAUACUCCAGCCUGGGUGACAGAGUCAGAGAUCACACCAUUGCACUCCAGCCUGGGCAACAAGAGUGAAACUCCAUCUCAAAAAUAAAUAAAUAAAUAAAUAAAUAAUUAGGUUCUCUUAAACUGAUCUUUUCUAAGUACCUUGCUAAGAAUAGAUGCACUGAGAAAUAAGAGGUUGGAGACUGUGUUUGUUGGGGUGGAGGUACCACAGGCAUGGAUAGGGUGAGACUUUAGGACCAA